CCCGAGGGGGAGGGAGCGCAGUUUCGCUUAGUCUUUUCGAUAGUGUGCAAGACCCGUUACCCAGUUUGCUCUGCCUUCCAGAAUUUAGGCUCGUUGGCCCAUUUGCUCAUAGCUUCGAGACUGCAGGACGCGUUCAUCGUACUAGCAUCGCAGCAACUGGACGGAUAUAUCCUGCGAGCCCCGCCAGAGCAAGAUACUGCCACUGGAGCGCUCAGCCCCGCGUCGCUUGAUCUGGACGCGAUUUGUUGUUUGUCGCUAGUCAGACGUUGAAAUCAGCUACUUGGCUCUCCGGGA